GAGCUGCUCAAUAUAGUGAACCUCAGCAAUCAAUUUGGGGAUGUAGCUGCUUCUGGCAACCCUGCUGACUUCAUCCCUGUGCUCCAGUACCUUCCCAGCCACACCAUGCAUCUCUUUAAAGACAUCAACAAGCGUUUCAACUUCUUUGUGCAAAAAAUUGUCCAGGAGCAUUACACCAGCUUUGAUAAGGAGCACAUCCGAGACAUCACAGACUCGCUGAUCGAGCACUGCCAGGAUAAGAGUGCAGGAGAGGAUGCCCGUGUCCCGCUCUCCAAAGCGAAGAUCAUCAGCAUCGUAAAUGACCUCUUUGGGGCAGGCUUUGACACUGUGACAACUGCCUUAUCCUGGAGCCUCAUGUAUGUUGCCUUGUACCCUGACAUCCAGAAGAAGAUCCAGGAAGAACUAGACCUGACCAUUGGCUGGGAGAGGAGACCGAGGCUGUCGGAUCGAGGCUCGCUGCCAUACAUGGAAGCCUUUAUCCUGGAGAUGUUAAGGCAUUCCUCCUUCGUGCCCUUCACCAUCCCGCACAGUACGACAAAAGCGACAUCAUUGAAUGGCUACUACAUCCCCAGGGAUACCUGCGUGUUUGUCAACCAGUGGCAAGUGAAUCACGAUGAGAAGCUUUGGAAAGACCCCUCAACCUUUAACCCCGAGCGGUUCCUCAACGCUGCGGGGACCGAAAUAAGCAGGACUGAGAGCGACAAAGUGAUGGCUUUUGGCUUGGGGAAGAGGCGGUGCAUCGGGGAGUCCAUCGGCCGGUGGGAAGUCUUCCUUUUCUUGGCCACCAUGCUGCAGCAGCUGGAGUUCAGCCUCCGCCCUGGGGAGGAGGUGGACAUCACCCCUCAGUACGGACUGACAAUGAAAUACAAGAAAUGUGAGAGUUUCCAGAUUAAGAAGCGUCUCCCCACAACAAGCUCCCCAUAA